AUGUCCACCGUUUUUCUCUCAGGCGCAACCGGAUUCAUCGCCCAACAUCUUGUCAGAGACUUGAUCGCCAAGGGCUACAAGGUCAUCGGUAGUGUUAGAUCCGCCGAAAAGGGAGACCUUUUGACUGGCUACUUCCCAAAAAACUUCGAGUACACCAUCGUUGAAGACAUCGAGUCGGAAACCGCCUUCGACGACGUGUUGCAAAAGAACCCAGAAAUCACUGCCUUCUUCCACACUGCUUCUCCAUUCCACUACGGCAACGACAACAUCCCAGAAAGACUCUUGCAGCCAGCCAUCAACGGUACCAAGAACGCAUUGGCCUCUGCCAAGAAGUACGGUAGCAACCUCAAGAACUUUAUUGUUACCUCCUCCGUUGCUGCCGUCGGCUCCUCUUUCCUCGUCAACCCACAUUUGCCAAUGACCACCGUCAUCAACGAAGAAUCCUGGACCGAAAUCUCCUGGGAACAAGCCUCCACCAACGGUUUCAUUGGUUACUCUGCAUCUAAGGCAUUUGCUGAAAGGGAAGUCUGGAAAUUCGUUGACGAAGAAAAGCCAUCCUUCGCAGUUUCUGUUGUUAACCCAUCCUUCGUGUUUGGUCCUCAAGCUUUCGAUGCUGAAGCCGCAAAGACCUUGGGUACUAGUUCUGAAUUGAUCAACUCUUUGCUCAAGGCCGGACCAGACGCAGAAUUACCAGCUAUCAAGGGUCGUUGGGUUGAUGUUAGAGACGUCAGUAAGGCUCACAUCGUCGCUUUGGAAAACAAGGAUGCUGCUGGUAAGAGAAUUAUUGUCCAAAACGGCAAGUACAACGCUGGUGUUGUCGCUCAGAUCAUGCUCAAGAACUUCCCAGAAUUGAAGGACAGAUUGCCAAAAUUCGACGCUCCUGCUGCUCAGGAAGCCCUUUCAUCUGCUGCCUUCGGCCAAAUGGACGACUCCAAGUCUGUUGAUCUUUUGGGUUUUGAAAAGGUCAGCCUUGAACAAUGUAUUACCGACGCUAUUGCCCAACUUUUGAAGGUCGGUAAGCAAUAA